AUGUUAAGUGCAUUGGCAAUCACCUUCCAAGAAGCUACAGGAUUUGGAAAGACAGGGCAUAAUACAAAGGCUAAACGAUCAACAAUAAGAACUCUACUCAAAGACAAACAAAUUCUGGUGGUGGAUGAUAAUGCUGUGAACAGAAGAGUGGCAGAAGGUGCUUUGAAAAAGUAUGGAGCAGUUGUUACCUGUGCAGAGGGGGGAAUGUUAGCUGUUGGGUUGCUUAAGCCUCCCCACAAGUUUGAUGCUUGUUUUAUGGAUCUCCAAAUGCCUGGAAUGGAUGGGUUUGAAGCUACUAGACAGAUCCGUAGUCUUGAGUGUGAAUAUAAUGAAAAAAUUGAUUCUGGUGAAGUAUCAGUUGAUAUGUCCGAAAAUUUGGCUCAUUGGCACACACCUAUUUUAGCUAUGACAGCAGAUGUGAUUCAAGCAACAAAUGAAGAACUCGUGGACUGUGGAAUGGAUGAUUAUGUAUCUAAACCAUUUGAUGAAGGGCAGUUGAGGUAUCUGGCAGCCACCACCGACUUCCCUCUCUACUACCCAACUCUGCCACGACUUGUCAGAAUCGAAUCCUUGCUCAUGUCAUGUAAUUUUCCACUCUUAAGGAAUGGAGGCUGA